AUGACGAGCCGUGUAGGCGCGACGCCCGAGAGCGUCGAGAUGCACGCGCGCGACAAGGCGCCGUCGAUAGCAGAUACGGCGAGUGUGCAGGCGGAAGCGUACGUGGUCGGCGAUACGUCGGUGAUCGCGGCGGCGGCGGCGAUGGAGCGCGUCGGCUGGACGGUGUGGAUGCUGACGAUGAGUGCGGCGCUGUGUGGCUCGCUGUUUGGCUACGACACGGGCUACGUGUCGUCUGUGCUGGUGAGUCUGGACGACUUUCAGGACUUUGGGCGGCUGAGCGAUGGCACGAAGCAGCUGAUCACGUCCGCGACGUCGCUCGGUGCGCUGAUCGGCGCGCUGUGUGCGAUGUUCCCGUCCGAGUGGCUGGGCCGCAAGAUGGUGAUUGCGCUCGCGAACGCGGUGUUUAUCGUCGGGGCGAUUGUGCAGGCUGCCGCGCAGGGGUCGUGGACGCUGAUUGUCGGCCGCUUCAUCGUCGGCAUCGGCGUCGGUGUGGCGUCGAUGAUCGUGCCGCUGUGGAUCGGCGAGCUGGCGCCGGCGCACUUGCGCGGCCGCCUCGUGACGCUCAAUGUCGUCUUUCUCACGAUGGGGCAGCUGAUCGCGACGGGCGUCGGCGCCGGCUUCGAGAGCGUCAAGGGCGGGUGGCGCUACACGGUCGCGGGUGGCGCGAUUCCCGCGAUCAUCUCGCUCGUCAGCAUGGCGUGGCUGCCCGAGUCGCCGCGCUACGACAGCCAGCGCGGCAAGAUGGAGCGCGCGACACGCACGUUUCAGCGCAUCUACCCGCAUGCGACGGAGGGGUUCUGCCGCGAGCGCGCCGAAAAGCUGGCGCAGGACCUGACGCAGUGGGAGGCGCGGCACACGCGCACGAUGGCCGCGCGUCUGCGCCUGCUGGUGACGGGCCCGAAUGCGCGCGCGCUCGCGCUCGCCUGCGGACUGCAGGCGCUGCAGCAGCUAUGUGGCUUUAAUACGCUCAUGUACUACAGCGGCUCGAUCUUCCAGGCGAUUGGCUUCGCGAAGCCCGUGGCCGUGUCGCUCAUUGUGAGUGCGGGCAACUUUGUCGCGACGCUCGCGGCGCUCAAGUUCAUCGACAUGAUCGGGCGCCGGCGCGUGCUGCUGUACUCGGUGCCGGUCAUGACGGGCGCGCUCGUGUUUGCGGCUAUCUGCUUCGGCUUCUUGCCGGUCAAGGAGGAUGGCGCGCUGUCGAUGCACAUCCCGCCGGGCCGCAAGGUGUGGACGUACCUCGUGAUCGUCGCGAUCCUCGUCUUUGUGCUUGCGUACGGCUUCGGCAUCGGCAACGUCCCGUGGCAGCAGGGCGAGCUCUUCGCCAUCGAGACGCGCGCGAUGGGCACGAGCAUCGCGACGGCCGUCAACUGGUCGUGCAACCUGAUCAUCGGCGCGACGUACCUGUCGCUCGUGCGCGCCGCGACGUCGUCAGGCGCGUUUGGCUUCUACGCCGGCCUGUGCGCGAUCGGCUUCGUGUUCUGCCUGUGCUGCUUCCCCGACACGCGGCAGCUCUCGCUCGAGGAAGUGCACGUCAUCUUCCGCGGCUCGUGGGGCAUCCGCGCCGCCGACGAGCUGCGCCGCGCCAAGGCGCACGUCGCGCACGAUCUCCGCGCGCGCGAUGCCGACGCACCGCACCACGCGCACAGCGGCACGGCGACCAUGACGCAGUACGAGCGACCCAGCGUCGGGUAUGUCACGCCCCGCGUGCGCGCGGACGACGACAUGGAGCAGCCGGUCGACGCGCUCGACGAGUACAAGCCCGCGGUCGCGCAGAGCCUGCCGGCCGACCUGCGCGCGAGCGACGGCCUACCGCGCCCGAUCGCCGAUGCAGCCGCGCCCACAAACGCGCUGACACGGCACCUCGGCCUCCGCGGCCCGGGCCUCGUGCUGUCGGUGACGUGCUUCGCGAGUCUCGGCGUGUUCAUGUUCGGCUACGACCAGGGCGUCAUGAGCGGCAUCCUGCCGCACCCGCACUUUCGCGCGUACUUCCACGAGCCGAGCGCCGCGCAGGUCGGCACGAUGGUCGCGAUCCUCGAGAUCGGCGCGCUGGUCACGUCGCUGCUCAGCGGCGUCGCGGCGGACCGCUUCGGACGCAAGGCCGUGAUGGUGUGGGGCGCCGUGGCCUUCUCGCUCGGCGGCCUCGUGCAGACGCUCGCGACAGGCUACCACGCGAUGAUCGUCGGCCGCAUUGUCUCGGGCUUUGGCGUCGGCUUCCUGAGCAUGGUCGUGCCGACGUACCAGAGCGAGAUCUCGCCCGCCGAGAACCGCGGCAAGCUCGCGUGCAUCGAGUUCACCGGCAACAUCGUCGGGUACAUGGCCAGCGUGUGGAUCGACUACGUGUGCUCGUUCCUGCCGGGCCCGCUCGGCUGGCGCCUGCCGCUGCUCGUGCAGCCCGUGCUCGGAUGCGCCCUCGCGCUCGGCUCCGUGUGCCUGCCCGAGAGUCCGCGGUGGCUCUGCGACCGCGACUGCGAUGCCGAGGCCCUGCAGGUGCUCAUGGACCUCGAUGGCGACGCUAAGGCGCACCACACGCGCGCCCACCUCGAGUACAGCGAAAUCAAGUCGAGCGUCCUCCAGAUGCGCGCGCAGGGCGACCGCUCGUACCGCACCAUGUGGCGCACGCUGCGCUACCGCACGCUCAUCGGCAUGUCGUCGCAGAUGCUCGCGCAGCUGAACGGCAUCAACGUCAUCUCGUACUACGCGCCGCUCGUCUUUGAGAGCGCCGGAUGGGUCGGGCGCGAGGCUCUGCUCAUGACCGGCGUCAACGCCGUCAUGUACGUGCUCGCGACGAUCCCGACGUGGUUCCUCGUCGACACCUGGGGCCGUCGGCCUAUUCUGCUCUCGGGCGCGCUGCUGUGUGCGCUCACGCUCGGCGCCUGCGGCCUCCUCCUGCGCGCACAGCAGCCCUACACACCGGCGCUGGUCGUGGUGUGCGUCGUGCUCUUCAACGCCGCGUUCGGGUACUCAUGGGGCCCCAUCCCGUGGGCAUGGACGCCCGAGAUCAUGCCGCUCGCGUUCCGCGCCAAGGGCGCAUCACUCGCGGCCGCGACGAACUGGGUGUGGAACUGGAUCGUCGGGCAGCUCACGCCCGUGCUCCAGGAGCGCAUUGGGUGGCGGCUGUACAUGCUGCACGCAGGCUUCUGUGUCGCCUCGUUCGUGGUCGUGUACUUUCUGUACCCCGAGACGCAGGGCGUGCCGCUCGAGGAAAUGGACGCCAUCUUUGGCGACCAAGCCAUCCCCGUGCCGCCGAUCGACGACGCAGACGACACGGCCGCCGAUCCCGAGGCGCCCCGUCUCCGCCGCUCCAUCAGCUCGCACCCGCGCUUCCACACGUCGCCCGGCCGACGGCCCUGGUGGCCGUGGGGCGCGGCCUCGCCCCGCGGCGCAUACGAGCCAUUGUCGACAUAG